AAACCCCUGCACUACGGGACCCUCCUGGGCAGCAGAGCUUGUGUCCACAUGGCAGCAGCUGCCUGGGCCACUGGGUUUCUCAAUGCUCUGCUCUACACGGCCAAUACAUUUUCACUGCCCCUGUGCAAGGGCAAUGCCCUGGGCCAGUUCUUUUGUGAAAUCCCCCACAUCCUCAAGCUCUCCUGCUCACACUCCUACCUCAGGGAACUUGGGCUUAUCGUGGUUAGUGCCUGUUUAGCAUUUGCGUGUUUUGUGUUCAUAGUGGUGUCCUAUGUGCAGAUCUUGAGGGCCGUGCUGAGGAUCCCCUCUGAGCAGGGACGGCACAAAGCCUUUUCCACCUGCCUCCCUCACCUGGCCGUGGUCUCCCUGUUUGUCAGCACUGCCAUGUUUGCCUACCUGAAACCCUCAUCCAUUUCCUCCCCAUCCCUGGAUCUGGUGGUGUCAGUUCUGUACUCAGUGGUGCCUCCAGCAGUGAACCCCCUCAUCUACAGCAUGAGGAACAGGGAACUCAAGGAGUCUAUAAGGAAAGUGAUGAAUGUUUGCUUUUCAAAAGCAGUAAUGAACUGACCUCCUGCUUCUGCAUGUCACUUGUAAUAUAACUCAUACCAGUUCAACCUGAGUUUUGUACGUUGUUUUUUUUUUUUCUUUGGUUUUAGGUAUUCUUUCUUGUAUUAAUGCUACCCACAACCAAAAUUAUUUUUCAUCUUAUAUCUGUGUCCAUAUCUACCUGUCUGGUGUGACCCGUUGUCUUUUUCUAAAUAAGGAGCUGUACUCUCUGUGUGUAUAAAUGAA